AUUUCAUUUUCGGCUCGGUCUCACCGCCCUCGUGCGCGAGCGCGUGGGAACUGAAAGCGAAAGGUCGCGUGCGCACAACUUCCGCUUCUCUUUAAGGUCGAGGAGGUGUUCUUACCAGGUUUUUUAAAUAAAUAAAAGUCUGUGGACCCUCGUCCUCCCGAGAGCGGAGGCAGCAGAACAAUGAGCAACAUCCUGAUCGACUGGUCCACUCUCUGUGCGGGAUCCACUCUGGCCUUUUCAGGCCUCUUUUACUACCUGUACCAACAGGAAAAGACGAAAAUCAAGAAACUGAAGGCGGUCCCGAAAUUUGAGCCUGGCGAAACGCUGUUGAAGGUGGUGAGGGCCACUCCGUACAAACGGCUGCAGUACGUAGCAGUUGAAGGGGUCGUCCAGCCUGAGGGAGAUCUUCUGACCAGUCAGUAUGUCCCAGGGUGCACUGGGGUAAUGCAGAAGGUCAUCGUGCAGGAGCACUGGAGAGAGUGGGACUCGGUCGCUCGGCUGUGGAGGAACAGGUCAAUGAACCAGCAGGAGACCAACAACACGGUGCCUUUUAGUCUGGUGGCUCCAGGUGCCGGUGCAGGCGGCGUGGCGAUCAAGGUGCGAGAGCCACGGGAGGCCAAGGGUCUCCACAUGGAGCAGGUGUACAAGCGCCGGCGAUGCAUCCCACAGGGUGUCGCUGACUUUGCCCUCUUGGGGCUCACCGGAGCACAGCCCGUGGAACAGGAAGUGAGGGAGGAGAUGCUGCGCGUGGGUACCGAGAUGACGGCGCUUGGCGAGGUGGUCCUGGAGGGGGGGCGCAUGCUGAGGCUGCAACCCCCCCAGGACAGGCAGCAGUACCUCCUGUACCCGAACAACUACAAGAGUUUCCUCCAGAUGCACCACAACGUGGCCAACAUGUGGAAGUGGCUAGGCGGCUUCUGUGGCAUCACAGGUACCUCGCUGCUGACGUGGGCAGUCUGCAGCAGACUGGGAGACACCAGGAGAGGACGCUAAGGUAUCCCCUACAUAGAAAUAAUCAUCAGCUAGCAAUGUCAUCAGUCUUCUUGUACUGGACUUGAGUAAUCUCCAUAUUUAAAGGAGCCCGUGUUAUUUUUUGUCAUCUAUGGCCACGUGGCCUAUGAUGCUCAGAAAUAGUGUCUUUACCAUGGUAAGACUGCCUUAGCCUCUCAUUGCACCUCCCUGUCUAGUGUAAAUUUCUUCCAGUGCAGAGCAGGUUGAAUUUCAAAGCACACGAUAUGAGCUCAGACGAAGGGCAGGGUGGGUGGUGGCGCACGUCUUUGUCCCUUUUUAAAAACCCUCUAUUUGGAGAGCAGCUCUAUUGGAAAUUCCAGAAGGCAGAGGAACACAAUCUAAACUAAGAUGUGUUGAUAGACAGCCUGUGGUCCUUGGUUCCCCAGAUGUUUAUUUUUCCUUUUUUUGUUGGUUUGGGAGUUUUGUUUUCCUCUCCUCAACUGCCAGUCAGCUUUAUUAAGAACUGAUGGCUAGCAAACCGUUGCCUACGUUUGGCUCUCGUCUUUGUCACCAGGUGCUCACUUUUUCAAUCCUCUGCAUCACGCUGCUGAAACAAGCACUUCAUACAAUUUGAUUA